AUGAAGCUCUUUUUGGUGGCAUUGGUGGUCCUGCUGAUCUUGACCUACACUCCAGGUGGCACUCAAAAAUGCUGGAAUCUUCAUGGCAAAUGCCGCCAGAAAUGUUUCCAAAAAGAAAAGUUCUUUAUUCACUGCAUGAAUAAUAAACUCUGCUGUGUGAAGAUCAAGUACCAGUCAAAAGAUAAGCCGUGGCUAUAUUAA